UGAAAUGGCCCCUUGAAUGUGAGUGUCUGUUGAGGGUCUUUUAUAUUGAGAUUUCAUAUCACGUUAGAAAGUAUAAUUCUAUCUUAUUUUAAACUUAGUCGUAUAUGGGAAACCUCUUAGAAGAAGUAAACUCCCAGUUUGGGACAGAAAGUAAGAUAGCUCUUUAUAUGUAGUUAGGUCUAUAUACAUGUAAGCUGCAAAGCUGUCGGGUUACCCCAUCAAUAAUACCUUGACCCAAGCACAGUGCCGCGGGUAUGUCAAAACGGAAUUAGAAGGAUCGGAGUUUCUCCUGGGACGUGAGCUCUCAGCUCUCAGCUCUAAACCAUUAACAUUCCCAAGCUGACCAACUUCUUGACUGUCGUGAGAAGGUUAAACCACCCUAAAACAUGGCGUCUGUUCCAAGAAAGCUCUGGGAGCAUCCUAGCCCCGAAAAGACACAGAUGCAUGAGUUGAUGCAGCGGCUGAACAAGAAGUAUGCCAUUGGCCUUAAGACAUUCCAAGAUUUAUACCAGUUUUCUGUUACUAAGCGCUCCGACUUCUACACCGAAGUCUUUGAGUAUACUAAUUUAAUCUACACGGGUUCCUACACAAGAGCAGUGGACGAGAGCAAGCCAAUUGACGCUAUCCCGCGUUGGUUCGAGGGGGUUCAUAUCAAUUGGGCCGAAAAUCUCCUGUGGUCUCGCGGACCUCAGGAUCCUACCGAUUACCAUGGCAAGGUAGGAAAGGAAGAUACUAAGAUCGCCUUGACAGAAGUUCGAGAGGGCGCGAGCGAGAUCAGACAUGUCACGUGGGUAACGCUCCGGAAACUCGUAGCUCUCUAUGCCUCCGCCUUACACGCCGGUGGGGUUGGGCGAGGGGAUCGAAUUGUUGUCGUUGGGUCUAAUAGCGUCGAGACCCUGGUGCUAUUUGCUGCCACAUCAUGGCUGGGUGCUAUCUUUAGCAGUAGCUCAACCGAUAUGGGCGUUCAGGGUAUCUUGCAGAGAACGGUUCAAGUCAACCCCAAGUAUAUCUUCAUGGACGAUGCAGCUCUUUACAACGGGAAACGAGUAGAUUUACGCCACAAGACCGAAGUCGUUGCGGGGAUGAAAGGUUGUGAUCAAUUUUCAGGCCUGGUCUCGAUUCGUCGUUUCCACGACGCCUUAGAUAUAAGCAAUAUCCCCGGGGUCCAGACGCUGCACUCGUUCCUUGCAAAGGGGGACCCAUUUUCCCCUCCGCCGAUUGUUCGGAUUGCUUUCCACGAGCCUUUCCUCAUCUGCUACUCCUCGGGCACCACAGGCAUACCAAAAGCUAUUGUCCACUCCGUUGGGGGCGCACUCCUGAACUAUGUCAAAGAAACUCGCCUUCACGAGGAUACCAACUCGAACACCGUCACUCUGCAAUACACGACUACAGGCUGGAUUAUGUACCUCGUGUGCGUUGGCCAGCUUUUGGUCGGCGCACGCGUCGUCUUAUACGAUGGGUCCCCUUUCCAGCCCGAUCUACAGACUUUUAUCAAGUUGAUUGGUGACCAGAAAGUAACGAAGUUGGGCACCAGUCCACGGUGGUUCUACGAGGUUGCUAGGGCAGGAAUCUCACCCAAGCAAAUUACCGACUUGUCAAAUCUUCAAAUAGUAACAAGUACUGGUAUGGUACUCCCAGACCAAUUGUUCGAGUGGUUCUAUGACAAAGGUUUUCCAAGUCAUGUCCACUUAAGCAAUAUAUCUGGCGGAACUGAUAUUGCUGGCUGUUUUGGAAUUGGCAAUCCACUUACUCCUGUCUACGUAGGUGGGACGCAAGGUGUUUCUCUCGGGAUCAAAGUAGCUCUAUACGAUUCAUUACUUCCUCCUGGACCCGGAAAAGAAGUACCAGACGGGACACCUGGCGAGCUUGUGGCCACUGCCUCGUUCCCGAACGUACCAAUAUAUCUAUGGGGUGACAAGACGCCGACUGGUGUGCCUGGCCCGAAGUUCCACUCGGCCUAUUUUGCAAGAUUUGAGCACGUGUGGGCACACGGUGACUUUUGUGUUUUCCACCCUGUUACCAAAAACCUCACAUUUCUCGGAAGAGCCGACGGCGUUCUGAACCCUAGCGGAGUGCGGUUUGGUUCUGCAGAAGUCUACUCAGUUCUCGAGAGGAAUUUUGCGGAUAGGGUGGCCGACUCGAUAUGCGUCGGACAGAGGCGGCCUCAGGACAACGACGAGAGCGUAAUGCUAUUCUUGCUGAUGCGGCCGGGCCACAAAUUCGACAGGAAGCUCGUAAACGAAGUUAAAGAGGCCAUCAAAAGGGAAUUGACUAAGAGGCAUGUACCCAAAUACGUGUUCGAGACCCCUGAAAUACCUACGACGGUCAACCUAAAGAAAGUCGAGUUGCCGGUGAAACAGAUUGUCUCGGGUCAAACCAUCAAACCAAGCGGCACGUUGCUCAACCCGAAGAGCUUGGAUUAUUAUUACCAAUUUGCUAAGGUUGAAGAGCUUGUUGCACCCAAGGAGAAGCUUUAAAGUGAAGCGAACGGAUAUUUGCAUAUGACUUGCAAUACAAGCAUGAUAUUGCGGUCAUCUUUGAGUUUGAUUUGUGAAGGCAGAUUAAAGGCAGUUUUGAUUUCGAAGCAAACAGGUGCAUCCCGAUCCCGUUCUGUUGCCCGACGAAGUUGGUUUAGUAUAAAGAGGUUAGUAUCCGCGUGGUUCAACCGGGAUUAUAUAUUCUCGUUCUUGUAGUAGUUCGACAAAAAAUAAAAUAAAAAAUAGAAUAAAAAGAAUGAAUAGAUGCACUGUAACGGUAGGUCUUAUGACUGCUGUUAUAAUCAUAAAUUUCUUCGAUGAGUUUAGUGAAUCUCAAAUUUGUAAUGAGAGCGGACUCGUCGGCCGAUUCGGAUACUACCUAGGUACCAGGAUUGGCAUUCCGAAUACCUGCAUGUAUCUGAGGGUAGCAUAAUAAGGUUCCGCUUGAAGUUGAGUUAAUACAUGAGACAAGGAGAAGAAAUAUGUUACUCGAGCGUGUCAUUAAGCUUUAGCCGCAACGAUUCCGUGAUUAAGUUUCCUAUGAGUUAAAUACCUGGGUACCUAGGUUGACAGGAUGACAGGAUGACAGGAUGUUCUCUAAGUACAUACAUAAGUAUUUUGCAUAUGAGGUAGUACCUAGUGGCCUUAUCAUGUCCAUAGGUAAACAGUCAGAUUCAAAGGAUGGAUCGAUUAAGCGG